AUGCAUCAUAGGCAGAAGAAGGAGGUGCCAGCAGAUCCUGGCAUCUCGUGUCUGUGUUCCAUCUCCAGAAGUUCAAGAAUACAGCAUGAAAAAGUAAACCAGAAGAGCUUUACCAAGCUGGCCAAUCGCCUAGUAAAGAAGUAUGAUAUACCACAAGCUGCAAUCCCAAAUCUGACCUCUAAACGAUCAACAGCUUUCAUCCGACAUCUUGUGCAUCGAAGAUUCAACUUGAAAGAUAUCCAGCUUCAAGACUUUGAUGAUAUGGUGAAGGAUGUUCUGAAGGAGGAUCAUGCCACUGCAAAUGAUCUCAUUCAAACAUUGUUAGAAUACAGUGUGCCUGAGGCAAAGAAAUGGGUUGACUACAUCUUUGAAGAACUUGGACUCAUCAUUUCUGUCAACUUACCUGAACUAUCACCUGAUGUGCCUGCCAACAAUGAUGAAUGGGCUGAUUGGGAUGCAGAAUGUAGCAGUAGUACCCCAGUACCAUAUUACACCUUAAAGCCACCUGUUGAUCAAGUGAUCUGGAUAGAUACUCCUGAAGCUUGCAGGGAGUGUUUUCAUCGUAUUGAGCAGGAACGUCUUGUUGGGCUGGAUGCAGAAUGGAAAGUGGUGUUUGAUUAUGCACCACCAAGAGUGGCCCUGCUUCAAGUUGCCAUUACAGAUCAAGUGUUCCUUCUUGAUAUGAUUGCUCUCUGUGAUGCAUUUCAAAAGCAAGACCUUGGAUUUCUUUUGAUGAAUCUUAUGCAAAAUGAGAGUAUCAUUAAACUUGGUUAUGGUUUUGAUGCUGACAUGAAGGUCUUAUCAAAACAGUUCCAAGCCUGCAAAAGCAUCACUGAUGAAGUGAAGAAUCUAAUUGACUUUGAUUAUUUUCACCACAGCGUCUUGCCUAAUCACCUAUAUUUAUGCUGCAAUCAUCAUAAUGGCAUGCCAAUCAAGAGUUCACUAAAUGGCUUGGUGGAAAUGAUCUUGGGACAGCCUUUGGACAAGCGUGAGCAGUUUUCCAAUUGGGAAAGGAGGCCCCUGAAUCAAUCACAACUUGUUUAUGCUGCUCUGGAUGCAUACUGUCUGUUGGAACUCUUCUGGUCUCUGGAAGAGCAGGCUCCAAACUUUGGUGCUGAUGUCUUGGAAUUGUUGAAGCCUCUAAAACAAGGAGUCAAGGCAAAGUCUAACAAAUCUGGGAGAAGGAAAAAGGCAAAAGCACAAAGGUCAAGGAUUCAAGGUGCUAUUUCAUCAUACUUGCAGGACCAAGAAGCCAGUGCUUCUAUUGAUGCUAUUGCUGGUGAUGCAAAAUGUUCUACCAAAGAGGAAUCAUUAUGUAGUCUUCCAGCAAGGUCCUCAAUCCCUGUGACACCAGCAUCACAGUUUCGAGUUGUUGUUGACACAAUGCUUCAAGGAUUGGGGAAACACAUGCGACAGUGUGGAGUAGACUGCGCAGUUUUGGACAAUAAACAGGACCAUGCAGAAUGUGUUAGGCUUUCCCUUAAAGAAGAUCGGGUCAUACUCACUCGGGGGAAGGUAUUUGACCAGCUGAGGCAAUAUGUACCAAAGGAGAGAAUCUAUAAAGUUGUUGAAGAGAAACCAAUCAAGCAGUUGCAAGAAGUAUUUGGUUUUUUCAAUGUGGAUGUUGAGGAGUCAGACAUCUUCUCCUUGUGUCAGCAUGUAAUUCGCAAGCAUGAAAUGUACUUGCAGAUUUGCAACAAUGGGGAUUUCAUUGAAGUGCCCACCGAGUUUAUGGUCACCAUGCUUGAUGGGAAUUCCAGAGAUGUCGUGACUUUAGGAAACUACCGUUUGGACAUGACAUCUGGUACUAUCCUGGGUGCCAGCGCCAAUGUUCGAUUGCAACUCGAUCAUGUUCCCCGUGAAGUACCUCCUCGAGUUUGUUUGUUCUAUGGUUGUGUAUCCUGUGGAAAAAUCUACUGGGACGGCUCCCAUCUUGGAAGAGCAGUGUCGGGAAAAUUCCGGGACAUUCUGGGCAUGAGAGUGACACAGUCCCAAUAUUGA